CACCAAACUGUGAUGCUUUGAAAUCCAGCUUGUCCUUCUGUAAAUGUGUCUCCGCUCAGUGUGGUGCUGCAGGGCUCGUUGCUUGGAUACACACUUCUACACGCGUCUCCAAAUUCUCGCGUUAUGCACCAUUACAGAUCGAUUCCGGCCAUCACAAUGAAAUGCUCCGUGUGACAAUGCAAACGCACAAAACGCUACUCCUCACGAAAACAUACAAGGUGAUGUGCGUUUGGCAGUGUGGACACACGGGAGAAACGAUGCACGGUUUUGUUUUGGGUUUUUUUCUUCUGCGGGCACAGGUGCGCGCACAGACAGGUAACCUGAAACUCGGUGACUGGAUGUUCAGAGAAAGUGAUGAUUCUAGCACACAGUGCGGCGUUUACAGGCCUUGUACCAGGAUGUGAUGGUCACAUAACCAAGCAUCAGCCCCCACGCUGCUGUCCUAUUACAGUUUGUUCCAAAAAUCUAAGAUCCCAGCAGAGAGAGAAGGUAAAAAAAAAUGUGAAUAAAUGAAAGUUUUGGCUUCACGGGACAAAGGAGGAUCGUCUUCCUCUACUCGGGUCAAGUUGUUGCACAGAGAUUGUCUGAUGGGUCUUUAUUGGCUCAGCGUCGUCCAGCACACUUUUCAGCUUUGACCACUGGAGGCUCUCAGCAGCUUAUGCGUCACUACAUCUCUCAGUCGCUGAUCAUGGCGGAGCUUCAGCCACAGCACGAAGUGGAGCCUCAACUUCUCAAUGGGGACGACCCGAACGAGGAAAGAGAAGACGCAGACGCCUCGGAAUCGGUGAAGAAAAAGAGAAGAAAAAAGAAGAGGAACAAGACCACCGCACCAGCAGGGACAAAUGAGGCUGAGGGGGAUGGAGACGCCGGAGGUGUUGGUGAUGUGACAAAACAGUUGGAGCAGCAAACACUGGAGGAGGAUGGAGAAGAAGAUGGGGAUGAGGGAGAGAACUCAGGUGGAAAAAAGAAGAAGAAGAAGAAAAAGAAGAAAGGAUUGAAGGGACAGACUGACCCUCCCUCAGUUCCUAUUUGUGAGCUCUAUCCCAACGGAGACUUUCCGAAGGGAGAGGAGUGCGAAUAUCCACCAUCGAAAGACGGGCGCAGUGCAGCGUGGCGAACCACCAGCGAAGAGAAGCGGGCGCUGGACAGGGCCAAUGAGGAGAUGUGGAGUGAUUUCAGGCAGGCAGCCGAGGCCCAUCGGCAGGUCCGCUCGUAUGUCAGGAGCUGGAUCAAACCGGGGAUGACCAUGAUUGACAUCUGUGAGAAACUGGAGGACUGCUCCAGGAAGCUCAUCAAAGAAAACGGGCUAAAGGCAGGCCUGGCCUUCCCAACCGGCUGCUCAAUCAACCACUGUGCUGCCCACUACACCCCAAACGCGGGAGAUCCCACUGUGCUGCGCUACGACGACAUCUGCAAAAUUGACUUUGGAACGCACAUCAACGGUCGAAUAAUAGACUGUGCCUUCACCGUCACUUUCAAUCCAAAGUUUGACAGGCUGCUGGAGGCUGUGAGAGACGCAACAAACACUGGCAUUAAGUUUGCAGGGAUUGAUGUGCGCCUGUGUGAUAUUGGUGAGACCAUUCAGGAGGUCAUGGAGUCUUACGAGGUGGAGAUAGAUGGGAAGACAUAUCAAGUGAAGCCGAUCAGAAAUCUCAACGGCCACUCUAUUGGACAGUACAGGAUACACUCAGGGAAGACAGUCCCUAUUGUUAAAGGCGGCGAGGCCACGAGGAUGGAGGAAGGUGAAGCUUAUGCUAUUGAGACAUUUGGCAGCACAGGAAGAGGUGCAGUCCACGAUGACAUGGAGUGCUCACAUUACAUGAAAAACUUCAACGUGGGACACGUACCGAUAAGACUUCCAAGGGCUAAACAUCUGCUGAAUGUGAUCAAUGAGAACUUUGGGACCUUGGCAUUCUGCCGCCGCUGGCUGGACCGCCUGGGCGAGAGCAAGUACCUGAUGGCGCUGAAGAAUCUGUGUGACCUUGGCAUCAUAGACCCUUACCCACCUCUCUGCGACAUCAAGGGCAGCUACACCGCCCAGUACGAGCACACCAUCCUACUCAGGCCCACCUGCAAGGAGGUAGUGAGCCGUGGGGACGAUUACUGAGCAUGCGCCAACAGUCAAGGCGAACCAGGAGGAGCAUGGCAGCUCUGAGACAACAAACCUCCGCUGACUGAAAGCAAAUAUGCAAUAUUUCUCUGACCUGAAUUUCCACUGCUUGAGUACCCUUAGGUGAUUAUUCUAGUAAGAGCAAAAGACUUGUGCCAUGGCAGUAGCUUAUUAGUACCUUUUUUUCCCCUAAAGGAUGGGGUCAAUAGACAAAAGGGCAUAUCUUCAAGAAAUGUAGUGUCAUUUUAGUCAUAUUUUCAUGUGCUGCUUUUAGGAAAUAUGCAAAAGAAAAGAUGUUCAAAAAAAGAAAUCAUGCAAAAAAGGUUUUGAGCGAACACCUAUGCUAUGCUUCAUUGCUUUCUUAAGGCCUUGUGAGGAAAAAGCAGCUGCUAUGAAAUAUUUAUAUUCCUAUAUUUCUUUGCUCUGUUUUAAUUUGAGGCAGUUUUAUAAGAAAUAAAUUGUUAUAAAUCUUG